ACUUUGUUUUGCACACCAGCUAUUCACACAAAAACUUGGUCAUAACAGUUUACGUAAGCGCUAUGCUGUCCGCGGAGAUUCGGAAUCAGACCCUCAGCUAGUCACCGAAUUCAAAAAAAACUUCACAAACCCGCCAGGAUUCCCCAAUCUACAUUAUUUACUACGCAAGCAGCAUCGACCACAUCCAAAAUAUUCGGGUUCUUCAAAUUCUUGAAAAUUUUGCCCCGUAGGUGUGGGGCCAUUGUUCCGACGACCAAUCAUAGCGCGAAGAGGAAUUAAUUGUAGUCUUGACCAAUCAGGGCUCCGCUCCACCCGAGAUGGAAUAAUUAGCCUUUAGAUCCCCGAGAGGUUUGUGUUUGUGUGAUCUCCUGCAGCCCGAAUUUUGAAGUGAAUUUGUGGGUUUGUUGAAGCUGUUCUCUGAAUCGCGAGGAUGGCGGGCCAGGAGUUUGCAUUGGUGCUCGACGGUGGCGGGCCAUGGGGCUUCCGACUCAAGGGAGGCAAGGAUUUUGGUCAAAUACCCACUGUAUCUCAGCUCACGCCUGGUGGAAAGGCAAUAACGAAUGGUUUGCGCGUGGAGGACCAAAUACUCUCGAUAAACGGCAUGGGCUGCGAGGAUAUGACUCAUAUGGAGGCACAGGAGAGCAUCAAGCGUACAGGCAACGCGCUCAGACUUCAGGUCCGCCGUGGAGCUACAGGAAGCCCUUCAAUGUCGCGUAAACCCCUGACAAUGACAUCAACAACACACUCAGCCGGGGCAGAUCACAAAUAUAAUGCAAUUCCCAAGCCGUUUGGAGCAACAUCAUACCAGGCCCCCGCCCGUCCCCCUGCUGUCCAGGCGGCACCUUCAGUCCGCAUUGGACCACCCACUGCUAGCAAGCCCCAGCAUUACCAACAUGGGCCGCCAGCACCACCACCGGCGCCAUCAUACUCUCAACAACAGUAUUCUCACCAACAGUACUCUCCUCAGCCGCAAGGAUAUGGGGGAGGCGCCCAGUACAGAGACCAAGUGGAUAGUGAUGCUGCAAUGAGGGCUAAAAAGAAAGAGAUUGAAGAUGAGAUGCUAGCACAGAGAUUUAAGAUGAGCAUAAGUGAUGAUGGGGAAGUGAGUUAUGAUGGUGAUGAGGUUCCCUCUUGGGGUCACCCCCCUGAUCCUAAUGUGCAGUCCAAGAGUUUCAAGAGACUGAUGAAGCACCUGGAGAAGGCAGAACCUGAGGAUGACUUGCCUCCCCCUCCCCCUGAGGCCUUCAUGCCUGGUGACGAGGAUGGCGGCAGCCAUGUUCAAUCCAAGUCCUUCCAAAUGCUCAGCAGAGCUGUGGACUCUGGAGAAACCCCGCCAAGCGUAUUCAGCCGCGCAGAAUCUGACCGUAGCAAGCCUUCUACUACCCCAAUGCCCCUCCAAAGACCUCACGCACCCGUGGUCCGCCCCUCCCAUGAACCCCUUCAAGCCCCACCCCCUCCAAUGGCUACCAGACCAGGCCAGCCCGCACCUGUUGGUCUCCCUGGAAUGGUGAGGAUGGAGCCAGCCAAGCCUCCUCCAUCCCAACCCCCAUCCCGGGGACCACCUCAGCGAAGCCCUGGGUACCAAGGUAGUCCAGCUCCCCCUGGCCCCUCCCAGGAGAUCAGGAGGCAACCAGCCAAGCCUCCUCAGCCCCGUGACGGGCCGCGCACGCCUUACUGUGAUGCCUGCGGAGAGGAAAUUCUGGGCCCAUUUGUGAGCGCAAUCGGGAAGUCGUGGCAUCCGGAUCACUUCACGUGUGCGGGCUGCGGCGAUUCGCUUCAAAACCAAGGAUUUAUUGAGGAGGGCGGCAAGCUGUAUUGCGAGAAGGAUUAUAAUAAGUUCUUUGCGCCCCAUUGCGAGAGCUGCAAGCAGCCCAUUGUCGGGCCCAAGAGCCUGCAUGCUUGUGCUCCCCCAAAACCGUCCGUCCCUAAACCAUCUUCUGACAUAUUGCGAGCUAUCCGUGAGGGUGGCAAACCGCGGCCCAGGCAGCCCCAAAUCAACCCCUCCCUGGCGCUGAACAAAGGCGGCGAGAACACCCCCUCGGGGCGUGUCCAUUACCCCGUCCAUGGAAUCGACUACAUGCGCCCCAUAAGGCGAGACUCAAAUGCCUCCUCGCUCUCCAGUAACAGUCGGAGUAGCUUUGGUGGCGGCGGCGGUGGGAGCCGCGGUGGAAGCCGUAGUGGGAGCGUUAGUGAAGGGGAGGUGGUCAUUUCACCAAAGACCGUUCAGAAUUUUGAGCGUCUUCAUUACGAGAUGGCAUACGCGGAUCCUGGUGGAGGGUCCAUGAAAGACAAAGUUGUACAACUGAAGGAGGAACUAAGACGCGCUGUGCAGCAAGAGCAAGACGCUAACGACGACAAGGCGGAAGCAAAUAAACGUUACCAGUAUGCUAAAGGACAAAGCAGUCAGCUCAAGAGGAAGAUCGAAGCCAUCGAGGAUAGAUUGCAGAGGCUAGAAUAUAAGACUCAGGAAACAAGCGUGCGUUUACACGAGCGCCGCCGAGUGGCCGAGGAAUCGAUCAUGAACAAAGAGCGCGCGGAGAGCGACAGCAUGGAAGGACUGCGCCAGAAGGAUAACAUGUUGUACGAGAUGUCCGAGUUGAAAGCCGCGAGAGAGACCGCACUCCAGCGCCUAGCCGCGGCGUCUCGCAAACAAGUCGCGAAACAAGCCGCGAUCCAGAAUUACGAGGAUCAUACGAACGCCAUGGAGGCGCGCGCUAAGGUCCUUCAGGAUAUGCUCGACAUGUACAAACUGCGUAUCCAGAAUCUGGAAAACAAAACGUCAAGAAAACAGUCGAGGACGGAAGAUCAACAAUAUCAGAUUCAAGUUCUCGGAGACUCGAUAGUAGAGCAAAACGAACGAUUCCAACGCGCUGAAAAAUUGAUUCUUCCUCUCAAGAUUUACGUCAACCAACUGCAAGAUGCUAUUGAAGUAGAGAGAAACCACACAAGACAUGUGUCCUACCAACUGUCUAACUACCAGCAACGAGUACGAAGAUCAAGUGACAGGGAGGCUCCACCCCCUCCUAGGCGCCGCUCCAGUGAUAGGGGUAUGACCACGCCCACACGCAGGAGGUCCAGCGAGAAGGGUCCUGCAUCUCAGAAACCGCAAUUUGUUGUGCAAUCAGCAGUAGCCCGUGAUCACCAACAACUUCUCUGACAAGUGCAACGUUUGUGUAGAAGGAUGGCGGAUAAAAAAUUUAGUUAUAGAAGUAGGUAGAAAGGAUAGAAGACUUUCUAAUGAUAGGUUAAUCUAGAUCCUGUAUUUUUUUAAUUCUUUGAUUCUAAAGUGCUGAACCUAGCAAAGAACCAAAACGUUUUUUUAACCAAAUUUGCAUUUGUAGUUGAUCUGUUGAAAAGGUGAUGUAGAGGCUAUUUUCUUUUAACUCGAAGUACUAUUUAUAUAACUUUGCGGCGCUAUUUUUAUUAUGUUUUGAUGAUAUUUGGUGUCAACAGUUUUUACAAUGCAAUUAUUGUGUGGCUCAAUAAAUGCAAAUUUAUAGCAUGUAAAGCCUAAAGCCUAUGUGCUCAUAUUUUUGUGCAACUGUUUCAAGGGCACCCAACGACGAAAAUUUCACAACCGGCCUAAAAUGAUACCGUUUUUAUUCGUUUGCAGUCAUUUGUAUACAAUAUAGAGCUUUCCUAGAUAUUUUUUAUCUGUUCGGAUUUGCUAGGCGAAAUAACAGCCAUCCGAAAAAUCUAGUUACUCAACCCGAGGCAUCCGAAACUGUAAUGUCCCUUGUAUACUUACUCCCGAAAAUACAAGGGUUCCUUUUUUUUAAAGCAAACCCGUAGUUGACCUUGCUUCCGAACAGAUAUUUGACCGAAAAUGGUCGUUGGGUGCCCUUGAUGUUUAAAUUGCAUUUUAGCUUGUUGUACAAUGCCACUUAUAUCAUAAACCCAGACCCUAGAACCCUUGGUAGUUCUUAGAUUGUACUAUAUGUUUUAGUUCAGAUUGGCUUCUUCAGGCCCUUUUUUGAUUUGUGUAAGUUGCCAGGUGUAGAAUUUAGCAAAGUGGGAACCUAAUUAUCACGUCUGAGGUGCAUUCUAGCUUUAUUUCUCAUGUUUAUCUGAAGCUGGUGAAAAGAACAGAGCUAUUUUGAAUAACUUCAAAAUAAAAUCUAGACCAUAUUUUUGGAUAAUUUUAAUAUUUGUAAUAAAAAGUCACUAUUUAACGUGAAGAUAUUUAGGUGACAUGGCACAGAUUUUUCCUAAGUUGUGUUUUUCAUUCACAACCAAAGAAGAAAGAAAUUUAAAAAUCUAUGCUAAUCAAGUGUACAUGCUAAAGUAAAAUCUAUGAACUCCUCUGGCAAAUAAAGGAAAUAUAAGACUGGA